UGAAAACACCUCAAUCAGUACGUCAAAAUGACGGUCUCGGAGAGUACAAUUUAGAUUUUUCAAAAUUCCCAUUGUAAAUAAGAUUUAAUGCUAAUUUCUAAUUGUAACAUAUGACAAACUUUCAUAUUUAUUGUGACGACCAAAAGUUCUCUUAGUUCUAGUCAGAAAUGGUACUUGCUGACCCGCCAUACGACAUAGAAUACUACUACAGUUUGUACCCGACACUGCUCGCGGAACUGUUGUUGUAUUUUAGGAAUUUUGCUUUGUAUAUAAGCUUAUGGGUGUUCGGGUACUUGUGUGUGUGCUGUUUGGUGUAUCGGCGGUAUGCGAGGCGGCUGCCGACACGGACUCGCGGCGCACUUGGCGCGAGACGAGUGUUGGUGGUCGUAGCUCACCCGGAUGACGAGUGCAUGUUUUUCGGGCCCACAAUCUUCAGAUUGUGCGAGCAAGGUGCUGACGUACACGUACUGUGCUUAUCAAAUGGUAACUUUGGAGGUAAAGGAAAAAUAAGACGGAAGGAACUAUGGGAGGCAUGUCUAGAACUUGGCGUACCAAACCAGAAUAUUUGUAUAAUAAUGGAUGACCGGCUGAAGGACAACCCGAGGAUCCAGUGGCCUGUACCGGUGAUAGCUAAGCUGAUACAUCAUCAUGUAGAAGUGAUAGAUGUAGAUACGCUGGUUACGUUUGAUAGAGGCGGCGUGUCGGGCCAUGCUAAUCACUCCGCUGUAUUUUAUGCAGUCGCUUAUAUGUUUGUUGAGAAAUUAAUACCACAGAGAUGUACAGUAUACACAUUAGAUUCAGUAAAUAUAUUCAGGAAGUACAUAGGCUUCCUGGAUCUGCCACUUAGUUUUUUACUUUCUUCUAAAAGAUACUUCCUCCGCUGGACGGAAAGCCGGCGCAUAGUCCGCGCGAUGAAGCGACACCGUUCCCAAAUGGUGUGGUUCCGCUACCUCUACGUGUUCUUCUCACGAUACAUGAUCAUCAACACCCUCAGACGAAUCAGCUUAGCAGACAUUGAGCUUGAGCUGGAGGUAGACGAUUGAGUACAAAGACUUACAACAUGUUUUAAGUAAACUUUUACGCUGUUAAUAGACAAAAGUGAACAUUUUUGUAAGCAUUUGGCGUAGACAAAGCUAGAUUUUAUAACAUUUUUGAUAAUGUUUCAAAAAGUCUAGGUCUGUUAGUUAAGGUCAUGCCACACAUGAAUGGUAUGGCACGGUACCCGGCAGCUGUUGUUAGGUAGUUGCUACCUCACUGUUACCUCCUUGGCUUUUUAUAUUGCCGUUAUAAAAUGUUUUAUAUUAGAUACUAUUUAAGGGUGAAAUUCAAAUGACAAGUUAAUCACUGAAUUGGAGUUGCGCCGCUCCCGUGCCGUGUUGCUCAUGUGUGCCAUAACCUUUAUGACUUGUCUUUAAUGUCUAUUGUAAAUAGUCCAGCUACUUUAAUAUUUUGUUGGUAAUUAAUGCUACUCCUAAUUUGAUAGUGGGUUUAAAAUGUAGUGGUAGCAUUGGCUUACUACAAAACGGUAAGGAGGCUACUUGUUAGAUCAACGUUAAUGGUUGUAAAGAGAUAAAACUUAUUUAAAAAGAUUUUAAAGUAAAGAUUCACCUUCAUUUUAGUGGGCUUAGAAGCAUGCCUUUGCAUGCACCUUUCACUUAUGUCAUUCCUAUUUUCCCUUUAUAAGGUUCCUCACUAAAGUACCAAUUACUUAAUUAUUUUCUAACAUAGAAGAAAAAUAUGUUUCCUACAUUUUUAAUGUGUUUUAUUGCAGCAAAAGAGGUUAAUAUUCUUUUUAUAUUGUCUAAAUCUUCCUGCUCUGUUCACAGAGCAAAUAAUAUUUUUUUUUCAUGGCAAUUCUUCACAUGCCUUGCUAAAAUGCCAUCUGCUGACUAUCAAUCGAGCAAUCAACUCGCCAAAAGCAGUUGCUAGACUUCUAGGUACAAUCUAGUUUCACAAUACUUGAGCGUGCAAGGGCAAACAGCUUGGCAUCUUCCUAAAAAGUAAAAUCGAACGCAAAAUGCUUCAUUGAACUCUCUAUGUUGUUUCACACAACUUAUCCAUUCUUUAAAUUAUAAAAAAAGGUAAAGCUUGUGUGUUUGUGACUUGUGACAUUGUUAAGGGUAACAUCUGGAACUGAUGAACCUACUUUGAAAAUUUGUUUAUCAGUAGAAAGGAAAGCUACGUUAUUUGUGAGUGACAUAGCCCAUAUUUACCUGGAUACGCCACGGGAAUGGGCUAGUUAGGAAAUAAAUUGAAUGAUGUUAAAGAUAAAAGUAAGAUAAUCGUGAAUGUGCAAAGUUCGAGAUAGGUAGAGAACAGAAGUUUCUAUGGCAUAUAAUGAGUUCGAUUUUUUACACGUAUUUAAGAACAAAUUCCCUAUUUAUUUACAUUUUUAAUGUAUUUCUAUAAAAUUCAUGUUUUUUUUUAAUUUUUUAUUCUGACCAAUCCAUGGUUGGUUCAACUUUGAGAAUUAUAAACUUUAAUGCAAAGCCAUAAAGUCUAUUAUUAUUUUCACUGAUUUGUCCAAUUUUGCUUUUAUUGACUUUGAUAUUCUUUUGUAAAGAAGUAUAUUGAACGAAGUUUUUAUUUAUAACUUAAUCAAAAGACAAAUGGGAUAUACAGAGAUUUCUAUAUUUAUUGUGUGUGAAUUUUUUAAUUCUGUUGAGUGUUGCCAGUGAGGUUGCUAGGAUAUUUUUAUUAAGAAUUUCUUUCGAACUGUUGAGUUACGCCUUCUUACAGAGAAGGCGUAUAAUAACUACGCUUACUAAUUUUAUGACUUACUUAAUACCCUGGCUCCACCUGCAAAUGAGUGCUUCGUCAGUUGAAUGUUUGUAAAUGAUUCGCUAGUCUGUUACUUAGUGUAGGUGUUUAUAAAUUACGACGAAUUUGUUUAAACUUAUUAAAAAUUAUGUUUUUUAUAACUUGGCCACAAUUUUUUU